AUGGCCGCGCUCGGACGCCUCUCUCAAGCUCUCUUGAGGUCUGCUUCAUUAACGCAGACCCGUCAGCUCUCCGCUGCAGCCCACGGAGAGCAGGCUGCAAAGACCUGGAAGAUCCUGACUUUUGUGGUUGCGCUGCCCGGAGUUGCCGUGUGUAUGUUGAACAUGUACCUGAAGAUGCAGCACCAUAACCACGAGAAUCCGGAGUUCGUCCCCUACAGUCACCUGCGCAUCCGCAGCAAGCGCUUUCCUUGGGGUGACGGGAACAGAACUCUGUUCCACAACCCCCACGUGAACGCUCUUCCCGAUGGCUACGAGGGGCACGAUGAGUAACGGGGCUGGAACUUUCCGUCCAGUCGCUCCCCUUCACAGGGACCAGAGGGGCUCCUUCAUCCCUCGCCACCUCCCUGGACCUCUGUCGCCCAGACGUUGGACCACACUCCCUUUUCUCAGUUUACUUAAAAUUCAGUUUUACCUCAAUGCUCUCCAACCUCUUUGUGGAGACAACUUGUGGAAGCAGUUACAUGAACCUUGGACCAUUUUAACACAUUGUCUGCUUAACUUAACAAAAAAAAAAAACAAAUAAAGAUGAUACUUA